AUGGCUCCAUCUUCACUAGCUAUCCCAAUCUCCGCCAACCAAAAGACGCAAAAGUAUGCACAGAAGGACGGUGACCACAACUUGGAGCUUCUGCUUGAAGAAGUACCAUUGCCUCCCAACGAAGUUCUGCGAAUCCCCGCUCUCUUCAAGAAUUUCACAUAUCCUUGGCCAUCCAAUCUCGAUGGACUUCCCCCGCGCCUGCACAGGGCCGCUCCUGGACGGAGUCAAGUAAUUGCUUUCCUUCUGGUUGCCAUCAACGGUGUUGUCAUCGGAUCUGAUGGCUUGACUGCGAAGCCUUGGGGUCCAAUUGUUGAUGAUCAUGAUACCCUUGAGCAGGCGAUGCGAGACGUGUAUGGGCAAGCGGGGAUAAAGGUGAGGACUACUGGACUGACAGCAUGGCGUGUCGGUGUUAGCGCCUUUCAAGAACCCGACUUUUUACUGGUGAUGCCAUUCUGGGCGCCUGCGUUUCUGGCAGCCCUAGUUAUCUAA